AUGUUCAAUACUAAACAAUUCCUUGUUGUCAUACUCGCAUUGCUCGCUUUUGUUGGCACCUGCCAAGCUGCCACAUUGGCUUUUUUGAGCUUGACAGUUCCAAACACUGUUACUAGUGGCCAAACUUUCUCUGCAAGUGCCAAAAUGUUAGAUUCUAGUGGAAACACCAUGGCAGCUUCUGGUUCUGUUGUUUUGAGUUGGGAAGGAAGUGGUACUUUGGGUGGCUCAACGGUUGCUUCAUUCUCUAAUGGUGUUGCUGCCUUCUCAGUUUCCAUCACAGUUUCAGCUGCUACUUCUGGCAUGUUGAAAGCAACCUAUACUUCUGGUGGAUCAACCUAUUCACAAUCUCUCAGUGUUGAUGUCCAAAUUGGUUCUAAUAAUCCAUCAGGUGAUUAUACAUCUGCUUGGGUUGGCACAUGGAAAGUUCAAGACACAUGUGAUGUCAAUUCAUGUUGUUGUUUGACAGGAAGUGUUUCUGUCACCAAGUCAAAUACCAAUGCUGUCUUUUUGACUGGUCCAGUGAAGGGUCAAUGCGGCUCUUCAACAAGCAUGUCUGCUCAAGUUUCAAACAUUAAUUCUGACACUACUUUGAGUGCAAUAAUCUUUAACAAUCCUUUCGUCUUGACAAGAAAUGGAAAUGAAUUGACUGUUGUCAAUCAAAGAGCAACUCAAUGCAGUGGAAGAGCUGUUAAAACAAGUGAUACUUCUCUCACCACAAAGUCUUCCUUCUUGAUUUGUUUGCUUGUUGUGAUUUCUCUCCUCUUCGUUUAA